GGUAAAGUUCACGGUUCUUUAGCUCGUGCCGGUAAGGUUAAGUCUCAAACUCCAAAGGUCGAAAAGGAAGAAAAGCCAAAGAAGCCAAAGGGUCGUGCUUACAAGAGAAUCUUGUACACCAGAAGAUUCAUCAACGUCACCUUGACUAACGGUAAGAGAAAGAUGAACCCAGGUCCAAACUCUGUCUAA